AUGGUCUGGGCAGACGGGCGGACGACGGAGGCGGCGGAAAGCAUGAGAUGGGAGGAGCGCAGGGAGAAGAUAAGGCAGCAUGCAUUCCACUCGGCCGCGCCGCUCGUCGUGCCGCCCGUCAACCGGCGCACCGCCACCGCCUUCCUGUGCCGCCUCGCCGCUCGAGCCGCACAACCCGACGACGAGCACAGCAGCCGGCCCUCCACGUGCCUGCGCGCCGCUAGGACCUGCCCGAGCUGUUGCAUCGUCCUGGUGCCGCCUCGAAUCGCACCACCACUCCCCGCGCCGCGACGCCGAGCGCCAUUAAGGCCGCCCGCCGAGCACGCCGGCCUCCACCGCGCCCCGACCUCCCCACCGCCUUUCCUCGCCUAUAAAGAGGCCCUCCGUGACGCCCCCGAGCUCCGCAAGCCGCUCAGCCACCACACGCCCCAUCCCCGGCCCUGCAUUGCCGCCGCCGCUAGCGCCUCCGCCCACCGCACCUGCUUCCCGUGGCCGGCCCGCCCUGCUGCCUCCUCGCUCGAGCGAAGGGCCAAGGUAGGCGCCCUGGCCCUCCCUCUCUCUUUUCCCCAACCGGUGCUCGCCUCUGGCCGCUCCUGCCACGCCGCCCACGGCCGCCGCCUGCCCGCCACGGCCAUGGCCGUCGCGCCCCUCCCUGCGGACCCCCUCCUCUGA